AUGGAAGAAUCAAAUUGGCAAUCAAUGAAGGAUUAUUUACAAAAUUAUGUAGAAAAUAAUAAAUCAAGAUUAUUUGAUUAUGCCAUAAAUAAAUUUAAAUCAAAAGUUCCAAUAUCAAUUGAAAGAUUACAGGAAUAUAUUAUUGGUACGGUAUUCACUACAUUAAAUGAAACUAUUGAAAAUGAUUAUGCAUGUUUUUGGGAAAUUACUAGCAAAUCAAAUAUAUUUUUACAAGAAAAAGAUAGUUUUAUAGGGGAUGUUAAUAAAAUUAUUGAUAAAUUAAAUUUGAUUCAAGAAAAUUUAAAUGGACAAAUAUUGAAAGAAAAGGAGAACAUUGAGAUGGUUAAAGGAAGAUCGAAAAAAAAGGAGAAAAGAAGUGAAAUUGUUUGA